AUGGCCGCCGUUAGAGAAACCAAGAGAUCCGCCGCCUCCCCCUCCGCCGCCGCCCGCUGCAAAUCACAGUCACAACCCACGGCCAGGCGGUUCGUCGGAGUCCGGCAGCGGCCGUCCGGCAGAUGGGUGGCGGAAAUCAAAGACUCCUCUCAGAGAGUCCGCCUCUGGCUGGGCACUUACGACUCGCCGGAAGAAGCCGCCAGAGCCUACGACGAGGCGGCCAUCGCCUUACGCGGCGAGAAUGCGAGAACCAAUUUCGUGUCUCCGGCCGCCGGCCGGUCACCGGAGGCCAAAUUUUCCGACAUCGGCGUGCUGAAAGCGAAGCUGAGCAAGAAUCUGCAGGGUAUUAUAGCGAGAACGAGCGAACAGAGCAAAUCGCUGAAAAGCAGAGUGAGCGAUCGGUUCACUUUCGCGAACAUUUUCAAUUUCCGAAGCUACGAAUCGGUAACAAUGGCGGAUUUGAAGGCCAUGGACAUGGACAAGGUGGGCGUACAGCCGAGCAUAAUCGUGCCCCAUGUGGAAACCGAUGAGCCGGAUUCGUGGCAGAGCGGCUCCGGUGACGGAUUCCGGCAUCUGGGGUUGAGCUCCGAUGCGGCGGAGGGCGGCGGAGAGUGGUGGGUGGAUCGAUUGUUGGAAGAUGGUUGGUAUUGUGACGAAGGAAUGAAGAACAAGAGGUUUAGGGUUUCUUCUUCGGUGGUUGUUCCUCCAACUUUUAGUGGGUCUCAAAACUAUGGUGAAAGUGAAGAAGGUGGUGAAAGACUGGGGAAGGAGAAGCAUUUGGUGACUGUUAUGUUAAUCAUGCUGGAAAUCUUCCAGUUCUAA